CACAGAGAGAGAAAGGCAGAGAGUCUGUCAGAAAGCUGCAGCUGGUUCAUGAUCUCACUCCUUCAGCCGCUCACUGCCUCCCUGCCUGCUCCUCUCCGGACGUUUGGAUUCCAACGUUUGAAUCUUCUGAGGAGUAAAUUUGAAUUAAAAUUUUCUGCCCCUGAGGAUUUUUCACCAGAGGAAAUUUGUGGAUAUCCUGAUUUUCUUUUUUUCCAACCUGAACCACCUGGAGUCCACCUGUAGAUUUUUAUUUUUAUUAUUUAAUCUACGGUGGGGGGUUUUCAGGGUUUUACCCUCUGACUGUCUACAUUUGUGUGGCUUUUUGUCUGGAUGCCCCAGGAUUAUCCACAGACUGCAGUUCCUACUCGGGCCUGCAGGGCGGCAGCAGAGAGCAACGGCCAGCCGCUGGACAGGCAGACCGUCGGCAUGAGCGACUUCUGGCACAAGAUGGGCUGCUGCGUUGUAGCCAAGCCUCCUCCGAAGAAGAACAGGAGGAAGAUCGACCGUAGCAUGAUCGGCGCGCCGACAAACUUCAUCCACCUAACGCACAUCGGCUCCGGGGAGAUGGGAGACGGCCUGCAGCCGUCAGGGUCUGUUCAGGAGCAGAUGAGGUCUAAAGGCCCCAACAUGAACUGCAGGAACAGCCUGUUAUAGCCGGAUUGUAUUAAGUUGACUCAAACCAGCUGACUGACCUCCUCCGCACUCUGAACCUCUGAGCCUGUCCUCCAUCAUCCAGCUAACGGCUUCAUCCCAUCCUGCUGCCCUGCUGAAGUGUCACUGAUCAACAGUGGAACCCUGCUGACCUACAUUUUAAAUUUAUUGAGCAAAUGUAAUAAUCAUAAUAAUGUGUUUUGUUUCUUUCUUUCACCCUGGUCAGGUCUGAAAGUUUGUAGCCAAACAUGAAUUAUACAAAUGUUAUUUUUGGGGGGUAGAUUUGACACCAGGUCUCUCAUCAGCAUUAAAUUAGACUUAGCUGUUAUUGUAUGAUCAAAAAAAUCAAAUCAGGAAUAUAAGAACAGCAUUUAACUGCUGGUGUUUCUAAAUUUUCAAGAUAUUUUAUUCUGCUGAACUCUUACACUGCAAAAACACAAAAACGACCAAAGUAGUUUCUAGUUCAAAUAUCUUAGUACAGUUAAAAUAAGACAACACUAACUUUCAAGUAACUUUUCUUUAACUCUUUAAAAUUGGUUUCGUUGGCAGAUUAUUUCAUUUUUACCUAGGGGGAAAAAGUAAUGUUAGAAGUGAAAUAAUCAGUGGAACUAGAACUUGGUUGCUAGGCGACGGGCUUGGCUGAGUGGCGUUGCUAGGUAACAGCUCAGGGCCUGUUGAUGGUGGAUCUAGUACUUUUCCAUCAAUAUUAAGAAAGUAUUGACAUAAAAUAAGCUCCCACAUCAUCCUGAAAAGUUAAUUAUAAGUUAGUUUGUUGCAUUUCAAAUGUACUAAGACAUCAGUAGAGCAACAACACUUCGUAAGAUUUUGUGUUUUUGCAGUGUAUUAUUCAGCACCUGGUGUUCUGUCUACUGUUCUCCAAUGUUAAACGUCUGGUGACAUCAUUGGACUUCAUUUCCCAGAAUCCUUCAGGUUGGUCAUCACCAUCUGGGUGCUCAGUGACGACAGACUCUUGUUUUAAGGAGACAGGAAAGUCCCUUUUUUUUUUGCUACACUGGACUGCAGUGUGUGUGUGUUUAGGGGGGGAUGUACGUGUGUGUGUGUUUUUAAUAUCUGAACAUUGUGGGGAACUUCAGUCAUUUUAUUUGUGGACAUUUAUGGUAAGCCUCUGUUUUUAGAGAAACACAUUUGAGGUCAUGGGACUGCAUGAUGUCAGCAGUGGCCUAUAAAAAGGUAGAAAAGAAGCGCAGACAUGUGAAUGUGUGUGUCAUAGUGUUCCCAGUUUAGUAUAAACAACCCACAUGUCUGCAAGUUCUCUUUUAAUAUUAUUUUACUCUAAAAAAGAAAUGUUCGACCCAUUCCAGUGUUGGCUUGGGACGAGAAAAAUGUUUAUUGGCCAUCACUGUUUAAGAUAUUUCUAGUAUUUUAAGACAUUUCAUGCUGCACCUGGUAGCGGAUGUAGAGUUUGACUGUUUUUUGUUGUGAGUGCUUGACUUAAAAGAAAAUCUGUUAUUUGUAAUUUUAUGCUGUUUUGGGGGGUUUAAUGUGUGAUAUUUGUUGAAUUUAUAUUGCUCGUUUCUUUGGUAUCUCACCCCAUCCUUAUUAUCUUAUUUUGCUUAUUUACAUUUUUGUUUUAGAUUUUAGGCUUUUAAGUUUUUACGUGUCAAAAUUUCUGUAUUUCCUGUCUUGAGCAAAUUUUAAACACUUUGAGAUGUUGUGAAACUGAAACUAUUUUGAGACACUUUGAGCUACAAUAUUUACUUCAGAUGAUUUUUUUUUAAAGGAAAUAUAUUAAAUUUGUUCAGGUUUUAUGCGUUUUGGUUAAUCAGAUAGAUUAAUUACAGCACUUUGUAAGAUUAAAAUCUUGUGCAGUGCCAAAUAAAACUGUACAGUCCCUUUCAAACAAGUAUUUUUUAAUAAUUGAAAAACAUUUAUGUAAAUAUUUUAUACUUUUAUAUUUUGUACCUACAUCAAGGUCCAAACGUGUCAACAGUUCAUUAAAACACCAUAAAGACACAGAGAAGAAGAAUAAAAAAAUAUGUAUAUGUUUACUGAAUGUCAUGUCACUAAAGUUCUUAUAUUUUCAAAGUAUUAAACCUUCACAUAUUUAACAGGAGUGAAAAUCCAGGCUGACAUUAUAAAUUAAACAUUGGGUGAUUUUUAAUUUCUGGUCCAAACAUGUAAUUAUACCACUCAAAAAAGACAAAACUAUAAAUUCUUGCGAGACUUUUAUCAUUCCCAUAGGAGUGAAGUUUAAUUUUAUUUUCCUUACAAAAUAACAUUCAAUUGAAAAACAGUAAUUAUCAUUGAAGCUAGCAUUAGCAAUGUCAUAUAGCUAGGUGGUUUAAAGCUCCGGUUUACUACUGCUUUAAUUUGAAUUGUUAAAAUGUUUACCAAAAUAGAUCAAGUGUUAUAAAAAUCAGACACAAAUUGAAAAACAAGAAGUCAUAGCUGAAAUCAACUCUUUAGCAUUGGGAUUGAAGGAAAGCUAACUGCUACAAGAAGAUGAAAAGUGGUUUAAAACUGAAUGUAUCCCUGCUGUAAAGGUUUUUCAAUAAUACAAGAAUUAUUAGGUGUCAGACUGUUUUGGAGGAACAUGGAAAUGGAAAGACUUAACACAUCUACAACCAAAUCUUCCAUUAGCAUUUCUGUUUGCAUAUGAGCUAGCAUUAGCAUGACAGUACAAUACAGCUAGCUAUUACAGGAAAUUGUAAAAGUUGUAGUUUAAAAGCCUUGUUAGCCACUGCUAUAAAAGUGUUGAGCUAAACCUGUAAAAAAGGGUUUUGUUCAAUAUGUCACUGCAAUAUAGAUGGACAAAAAUAAAAACAGCUGAAACUGAAUCUACAUUUAUUAUUCCUGUUUCCACAAUAGAAACCAGUUCAGCUGACAUAUUAAAGCUAAGAGCUCAUGGUGGCACAGAAACCGUACUUUUGUCAGUAAGUAAAAGUAUUCUUUGAUACAAUCCCUAAUAAUAUCAUUUACGGACUUACAUAUUUUGAAGAUCAAGAGAACGGUUCUAGCCUGGUGUGCUCAUAUCUAUCUGACAGGUUUGAAUUUGUUCAUAUUAAUGACAAGGUUUCCUCACACUUCAUUGUUAGUUAUGGAAUAUCUCAGGGCUCGAUGUUCGGGCCACUACUCUUUAUUAUAUAUCUGAUUCCACUAAGUAAAAUUACUGAACAGCUUUGGAUAAAUUUCUACUGCUAACAAUACCAAAUGCUAGCUUAUCAUUCCUAUUUGCAUUAAACCUUCUCAAUAUUAAUAGUAAGUACUGUAGCACAACCAGCUGCAGCAGGUAGUUGGAAAAGCAUCAGUCUCCUAAUAUGUUUUUUGUUUUUUUGUCAAGCGUUGUGGUUUGCGACAUAUCUUUUGAUUUGAGACAUGUGGGACCCUUUAGCGCAAAUAAUUAGCAGUUGCUAGCUAGUUUUCAAUAUUGCUAUUUAACUUUUCUACAAGUUUUCUAAAUCCUUAAAUUAACAUUCUAAUGUUAAAUCAGAAACCAAAGCAAAAAUAAAUGCAGUAGUACUCCAAAGUAAUGAACGUAUCGAUAACUUACCUGGGGGAAAAUCCCUGGUUUCCAUGGAAACCACUGGUCUCGGCUGUAGUCAUAGCAACCGUUCACUUCCUCCCAGCUGUAGACACAAACGGUGGUGAAUUUCUGCUGAAGGGAAAAUCUGAUUCCUCUCUCUGUGAGUUUAGAAAUAGCCUCUUAUGUUCCUUUUAUGGCUCACAAAGACUCUUAAUCCAAGUUUUCACCCAAAACCCAUGUUUGAAACAAACCUAGAAGCCUCCCGUUAAAAUUUUUAAGGCUUUACGGAAGUAUUUAAAGAGUCCUCAGCUCAGAUGCCUGAACUAAUGCAAUAAAUAGUUGGAAUACUUUUGGCUGCGUAUAGCAGAGCGUUUAGGAACGGCCCAUUUGGACGCCACAUGUGAGCUUGAAGGCUCUUCCCAGACUCCUUCAGCCUGGAGAACAAACGGAUGAAAAGUUUUCACAUUUAUGCCGACCUUUGGUCCCCGUCUCCGUUUCCCCUCCCUCUGGUUUGUGGAAACUUUAACCUGUUCUCAGGCUGCUGAAGUGUAGUUCCUUUUGUUUAUCUCGACCACAGUUUCUCCCUUCCUCUUCCUCUUCCUGUUUGGUUCCCAUCUACCCUUACUGUACACUCCAACAACACUGGAAAGCACUUUCCCCUUCGGACUCACCUUAAAGCUGAAAUUUGAUGCUUAACUCUUCCGUCAUUAUUGUGAAACCAUCCCUGUGCUUUUUGUUGUUUUCUAAAAUACUAUUGAUAUUGUCAGAAGGUCACAUGUCAUUGAUAUAUAACUAUUGAUCACAAAAUUCAGAAUCAGUCCAAACCAGAAAUUAAAAAUCUGUUUACAUGCUUAGAAAACAAUCAGAUAAUCAACUAAAAUUAAUAAUUUUAUGAAUGAUUUGAGCUCCUCCCCCAACCAAAAGAGCUGAUUUCUGUCAGCCUUUGUGUGUUAAAUGUGUUUUUAAACAAUCAAAAAAACUUAACUGGUUUCAUCUGAAGGCUCGGCUUUGAGGUGUCCAUCAAAUUUUAGCUACUAAGCACACAAUGUAGGGCUGGACAAUAAAUCAAUAACAAUAUAUGUAAUCAAUAAUCUAGUACAAUAUUCAGGCAGAGGCAGAGGAAAGACUUCAGCAGCUCAACCUCUAACAGCCAGUCAAGCUAAGUUGGUGGAAUAAACUGACUCUCUCGCUCUUUGGUUACCUAGCAACUCACCCAUUCUUUGGUUGCUUAGCAACAACCUGCUGAGUAACUGACACAGUAGCAGUUUAAGGUUCCCCCACUGUGCCUCAUAACUGCUUAAAAAUUAAAUGAAACAACGACGUGGAGUGAAACUGUGGAUAGAAGAGGAACGGUCACGACACCAGUUUGACUGUAUUUCAGAUAUUUAAUACAAAAAUCUGAUCAAUAAUUAUCGAUAUUGACCAAUAUGAAACUCUUAUAUUACGAUCUGUUUUACAGUCACAAUGUCAAGCUCUAACAAAACAGAUAUUAAAAGUUGUUCCGAUGACAGACUGCUAAUUUGGUUUUGGUAGAUUUGAGGAACAAAUUGAACCUUGAGACUUUAUCUGUGCUCAACAAACAUAAAAAAGAAGGCUGUAUUGUUAUUUAAAAAAUCAGCUUUAAGGCAAAAUUGUUGGAAUAUAUUAUGAUUUUUUAUUAUUAUUAUUAUCAGAUAAGAUCUCUGUUGCCAGUUGAGUAUAUCAACAAAAUACAUAAAAUUUUCCCCUUGAUUACUUUACAUGCCUUCAUAUGCAGUGAUUUUAUAGAUUAUUGUAUUUUGAACAGGGGAUUUGUGUGUGACUGAUGGUAUUUUUUUUUUUUUUGUAUUUUCAGUUUUGUUUUUGUUAUGUAACUUGCUCCUCCAUGGCAGGAACGGACCCACAGAGUGACUUUAUCUCCUUAUGUAAUAAAUGUCUCAUGGCGGCUGAAUAAAUCUGCUGUUUUCUCCU